UCUCGGUGUUAGAUUCCGAACGGAAGGCUCGGAAUAACUGGAUUAUUAUCAAGAUUCGUUUAUGAAGCGGACUCCUGCUAGGAAACGCGCGGGAGUCCACGUGACGAACGGCGCGAUUUCUGUGAUUUAAAUUUUAACGGAUUUUGCUCUGAUUCUAAUUCGUCAUGAGCGCUUCUGAAGACCUCGAGGCGGUGAUUCAGAGGCUGGAGGAGAGCGUUCUGUCCGAGGAGAAGCGGCUGACGGUUCGAGGAUCUUCUCCAGAUGAACCUGCAGCUAGUUUACCGGCCCGUGUGCGAGAGAUCGUCUCCAGGAACCUGAGCGACAGCGCUGGAGGCAUGUCGUCGGGUCUGUCGCUUCAGGAGGAGAACCGGGUUCUGCAGACGGAACUGAGUCGUGUGGAGGAUCUUCUGGCUCACAGCCGAGCAGAACGAGAUGAGCUGGCCAUCAAAUACAGCGCCAUCAGCGAGAGAUUGGAGCAGGCGCUGCGUUUGGAGACGGGCGAGGAGGGACGGGACUCUCCAGAGUCUCGCAGUCUAGCGCAGCAGAACGUAGAUCUGCGCAGACGUCUGGACGAGGAGCAGGCGGCGUAUAAACGCAAACUGACGGCAUAUCAGGAGGGGCAGCAGAGACAAGCGCAGCUCGUGCAGAAACUACAGGCCAAGGUUCUCCAGUACAAGAAGAAGUGUGCAGAUCUCGAACAGACGCUGCUGGAGAAAUCGACUGGUCAGUGUGACGGCAGCAGUAACGGUCACCGGCGGGACGAGGAUGAGCCGAGCAGUGAGCUGGAGAGCGCCCUCAUCCGGCUGGAGGAGGAACAGCAGAGGAGCAGCGGCCUGUCCGCCGUGAACGCCAUGCUGCGGGAGCAGCUGGAACAGGCCGGACUGGCCAAUGAGGCGCUCAGCCAGGACAUCCGCAGACUCACUGCUGAUUGGACCAAAGCCAGGGAGGAGCUGGAGCAGAGGGAGUCUGAUUGGAGGAGAGAGGAGGAGUCUUUCCACAGUUACUUCAGCAGCGAGCACAGCCGUCUGCUCGCGCUCUGGAGGCAGGUGGUGGGCUUCCGCAGACACGUGUGCGAGCUGAAGAGCGCCACCGAGAGGGACCUGUGCGAGGUGCGUAACGAGCUGGCGAGCGCGGCGCAGAGCGUGCAGCUGCAGUGCGUGCGCGUCUGCGCAGAUCUGCGCAGCCGUGAGGACGGUUCAUCGCUGCUGCUGGAGAGAGAGACGGCCCAGCGGCUGCAGCUGGAGCAGCAGCUCAGAGAGACGGUGACAGAAAUGAUGACGCUGCAGGCCAAGAGCGACUCGGAGAGAGCCGAGCUCAACAAACGGCUUACAGAUGCCGUGAGAGAGCUGGAGCGUCUCAAAGCUCGUGUGGAGGACAGAGAACAGGAAGUCACAACACUCAACAGGAAACUACAGGAUCAGAGGAGUCUUGAGGAGACUGAAGUUCAUUCACUGAAGAAACACACUGCAGCACUGCAGAACACACUCCGAGACAUCACACAGCUGGUGUUCUCGGACAGUGGCGGUGUGGACGGAAACACUGAAGAGUCUCUGCUGCCGCUGCUGCGCUCUUCAUCAUCAUCAGCCAUCAUCCCUGACAGCUGUCUGUCUGCACUGCGCUCCGCUCUGACCAGCAGACAGAUCCAGCUACAGGAGCUGCGAGAGCGUCUGCAGUCUGCGCAGUCUUCAGUGCAGCAGCUGCGCAGGCAGCAGGGGGAGGCGGAGUCAGGCCGACGGGAGGCGGAGCUCCGUGCCCAGACGCUGCAGGGCGAGAGAGACGAGGCUCAGAGAGAGAGAGAGACCGCUGUGAGAGAGAGAGACCGACUGAGACAGGAGAGAGACACGCUGAGCAGUGAGAAGGACGCGGCGGAUAAGGCUGCGCAGGCGGCGCAGACGCAGAUGCAGGUGCUGCAGCUGGAGUGUGACAGGCUGCAGCUGGCCAUCACGUCUGCGCAGAGAGAGCGCGAACACGAGCGAGAAGAGAGAGACACCGCCGCGCUGGAGAGAGACCGAGCCCAAUCAGAGACGGACAGACUUCAGCAGCUGUGGGAGGAGUCCGAGCGUCGCGCGUCUUCACUGCGCGCUGAACUGGCGGUGCUGAGGGAAUCUAUCCAGCAGUGGGCGACAGACAGGCAGCUGAUGCAGGCUGAGAACAGACAGCUGAGCGACGCGCUCAACAGGAGCGGGAGCAGUCAUGCUGAACUCUCUCUAGUGCUUACCAAGCUUCACUCGGAGGAGUCGUCACUCAGAGAUUCUCUCGCUAAGAUGAGCGGCAUUAACGAGAGUCUCGCGCAGGACAAAUCUGACCUCAACAGCCUCAUCAUACAGCUGGAGGAGGAAAAGAAUGCAUUGCUGUCUCAGCGAAGAGAAGCAGAACAAGAGAAACUGACCAUCAGAGAUGAGCUGGUCCGCUCCGAGCAGGACCGACUGGAGCUGGACUCUCUCCGUCUCGCUCUCCACCAAUCACUGCAGGAGUCUGAGCUGGCCAGGGCGGGGUUGGAGGCGGAGCUACAGUCGCUGCAGGCAGACAGAGCCAAACUCCAGGACAGAAUCACACAGCUGAUUGGUGAGGUGGGUGGUUUGGAGGCGGAGCUCGGUUCUGUCCGCGGUGAAGGAGACAGGCAGAGCACCGCUCUCGAGGAGGCAGUGUGUGGGCAGGCGGAGCUAGUGCGAGAGAGGGCGGGGCUUCUGGUUCAGCUGACGGCGUCAGAGAGAGAGAACGCCGCCCUGACGGAGGAGCUCGCCGCCUUCAGGACGGAGCGGGAGAGUCUGGAGACGAGUCUGUUCGAGCUGCAGCAGCAGAUAAAUCAGAUCGAGUGUCGAUGCGAACAGCUGGAGUCAGAGAACCAGAACCUGAGACUUCGCACUGACAGCAUGAUGGCGGAGCUGAAGCGUUUGCGCACUGAAAGAGAGACGGUUCUGUCUCGGGGCGAGAAAGAGAAAGACGUGCUGAGAGACACACUCACGGCCGCUCAACAGGAGGCGCAGCGAGCUCUGCAUACAGCCCUGUCCGACCACCAGGAGGAGCUGGAGAGACUGACCAAUCAGAAGGAGGCGCUGCGCUGCAGUCUGGAGGCGGAGCAGGAGGUGGCGCUGCGGCGUGUCCGUGAACACCUGGAGGAGCAGAUGAUCCGGCAGGAGAGAGAGCGAGAUGAGCUUCAGGAAGAGCUGCGUUCCCUGCAGCGCGACAGGGACCAGAGUCUGCUACAGGCCGAGACGGACAAACAGCAGGCGCUGUCUGUGAAGGAGGCGGAGAAGACGGUUCUGUGGGAGAAGGUGAGCUCCCUACAGGCGGAGCUGAGCACUGCAGCGCUGGAGCUGGAGAGACUGAGCCGAGAGACGGCGCUCCUCAGAGACCAGGAGCGGAAUGCCGUUGCGGCUCUAAACACAGAACUGCAGGAACUGCGCAGUCAGCUGCAGGACGCAGUCAGUGCACACAGGCGUGAGCUGCGCAGGCUGCAGGAGAACUGCGCCGAGCAGCAGACGCAAGCAGAUACGGCGCUCAGAGAGUUGGAGGAGUGUCGCGCGCUGCUGUCAUCUAGCGAGGAGAGCCGUGACAGUGCCAGACGAGAGCUGCUGGAGAUGGAGAAACGCUUGUGCCAGAUACGGGACGCGGGGGAGGGGCACAGGCGAGAGGGGGCGGAGCUACGGCACUCCCUCAGUGAUGUCACCAAGGAGAGGGACACUCUCAGCCAAUCAAACGUGCAGCUGAGGGAAACGCUGAGAGCAUCAGAGAGCGAGAGAAUCAGCGUGAAGCGCGUGUGUGAGGAGAAGGAGCAGAGAGUGUCUCUGCUGGAGGAGAGUCUGGCGUCUGCGCAGAAGGAGGUGUCUGAUCUGCGCAGCUGUCUGCGCGAGGUGGAGAGGUCCAGACUGGAGGCGCGCAGGGAGCUGCAGGAGCUGCGCAGACAGGUGAAGCUUCUGGACGUGGAGCGCGAGCAGAAGAGCAAGCAGCUGGCCGAGAUGCAGACGCGUCUGUCGCUGGAGGAGCACAAAGACGAGGAGCGAGCCAGAGAACUGAUCUCGCUCAAACAGAGACUCGCCGACACCGAAACUACCAGAAACUCUCUUCAGAAAGAGCUGUCUUCUCUACAGCGGCGUCUGGGCGAGAGCGAGUCGCGUUGGCGCAGUCGUGAGCGAGAGUUGGCGUCUCAGCUGCAGGAGGCUCGCGGCUGUGAGAAGAAGCUUCAGGACGAGGCGCGUAACCUCUCGGUGCGCGCUCAUUCGGCCUGCGAGGUGUCUGCGCAGACGCAGCUGCAGCUGAGUGAGGCGCAGGGCCGUCUGGCUGCGACGGAGGUGGAGCUAUCGCGAGCGGAGGCCGCACGCAGGGAUCUGGAGUUCAGGCUGUGCAGUCUGCAGUCGGCGCUCACGCGCACGCUGGGCAUCGGGGCCAGUGGGCGGAGCAGCAGCAGGGGGCGGAGCCCGGCAGGCUCCUCCCCUUCCUCUCUGACCUCAGGGAUGAUAUCUCGCCAUCGGAGCGUGUCUCCGCUGCACUGCUCGCUAUCGCCACCCAAAGACGUGGCAGGUAACGUGACUCCUGAUAACACCAUGGUGUUGCAGCCGUUGUCUCCCGAGAGGACAGACGCCCCGCUGCCCGUCGCCCUGAAGGAGCUGGACCCGGAAACCCUGCGCAGCGGCCUCCGAGACUUCCUGCAGGAGCUGCGCGAGGCUCAGAGAGAACGAGAUGAGGCGCGGGGUCAGCUGGGGUCACUGCAGAGGGAACUGGAGGAAGUGGCGGGAGAGAGAGACUCCGCCCACCAGCGCCUCGUUCAGCUACACAACACACUACAGGAGUGCCAAGAGGAUAAGCGUGCGGUGGAUGAGAAGCUGUCGGCGACUCAAGCUCUGCUGCAGCAGCAGGAAGAGUCCCUGCGGAGAGCAGACCGAGACCGCCGAGCGCUUAACGAGCGAAUCAAAGAGCUGGAGAGACUUUCGCUGAACACCGAGACCGAGCGCAAGCGUGUGGAGGAGCAGUGCAGUAUGCUGCGUGCCGGCGAGGCGCGUCUGGAGGCGGAGCGUCGGCGGCUGCGUGAGGCUCUGGAGGCGGCUGAGGGGCGGGGCACACGGGUGGAGCUGGGGAGGCGGAGUCUGGAGGGAGAGCUGCAGAGACUGAGACUGAGUCUGACCGAGAGAGAGAUGGAGAUCCAGACGACUCACGACCGGCACGACAGCGCCAGCAAACAGGUGGCAGAGGGCGAAGCUCGCCUCACGUCUCUUCAGCGUGAAGUGGAUCGACUGACGGCGCUGCUGUCUAAAGCGCAGGAUGGAGAGAGCGUUCAGAAAGAGCGAGCGCUUGCUCUCUCCCAGAGCCUGCAGGAAGCCAGCGCCGCCCACAGCGCCACCCAGGGGCGUCUCGCCACACUGCAGAAAACACUGGGACAGACCGAGACCGAGCGCAGACAGCUGCAGGAGCGUGUGGAUGGACUCAGAGCGUCCGUGUCGGACGGGAAGCGUAAUAUCGCAGUGCUCACGGAGCGUGUGCAGACACUGCAGUCAGAGCUGACCCAGAGUCAGCUGCGCAGAUCUGAGCUGGAGACGGAGCUGCACAACACACAGGAGGCUCUGCGACUGAAGUCCGACAGUCUGACCGAAGCCCAGCGCAGUCUACAGUCUGCGCAGACAGACAGAGUGUCUGCAGAGGAGCGUCUGCGCAGCCUACAGAGAGCCGUGGCCUUACUGGAGACCGAGAAGAGAGAUACAGAGAGACAGGCCGUCCGGCUGGAGAAGGACAAGGCCGCGCUGAGAAACACACUGGAUAAGGUGGAGCGUCAGAAGCUGAAGACGGAGGAGAGCAGCAUGCGUCUGUGUGCGGAGAAAGGCCGUCUGGAUCGCUCGUUCAACACCGUCGAACAGGAGCUGCAGGACGCGCAGAGACAGAUCGUGCUGCUGCAGGAAGAGUUGUGCGGUGUCAAACAGAAGAUUGCGUUAUGUCUGGCUCAGCUGGCGGAACUGGAGCAGAGUCCCAGCGCGAGCGAGCAGGCGGCCCAUCGGGAGGCUGAGAGACUGCGCGUCAGUCAGAGAGAGGCGGAGCGAGCGCUGGCAGCCCGAGAGAGAGCGCACCGGCAGCGCGUCAGGGGUCUGGAGGAGCAGGUGUCCACACUGAAGGAGCAGCUCCAGCAGGAGAUCCGCCGCAGGACACCGGCACUGCCGUCUGCAGGCAGCUGAUCCACACCCAUUUCAGUGCCACCUCUUUACACUGGGUUUUGUGUGCUAAAUGUGCACUUCUGUAUUAAUGCAAUACAGAAGGGCUGAAUCUAUGGAAGCUUGUUUCUGCCACAGGAUUAAAAAAAAAAAAUCUCAGUUCACUUU